CAUAAUGCACUGGAGCUAUGAGAAGGACGUGGAGUUGGCAGAUCGUAAUGCUCAACUGGUUGCCGCCCAGCGCAAACUGCAACAAGCAAGGGACGAACUGCGCCAGUACCAGAUUGUGCUGCAGUCGAUUACCGUUACUACUGCGGAUACCGUGUUGAUAUUGCUGACUGAGACGCAACAAGCCUCGCACGAUCUCCGUGACGCAUUUGAGAAGUCCUUGAAAAUACGCGGGCGAAAAGAAAGUGAGAAUGCAUCUCUGCUAAUGCUACUGACAUCACAGGACAGUCGGUGCAGUACUGCUUGUGAGUCUCUCGUCGAACGCACUAAACAGUGGACAGCAGACGCACAGAAAAGCACGCUGGAUAUCGAGAUACAAAAGGUGACUACGUCCACAGCUGCUGGGUGGUGUCGUGUGUCAUGCGGUGUGGUUAUGUCGGAGUCUAAGGUGGAACUGAAUACGACUGAUAGGUGUUUGAUACCGACCGAACCUCCACGCUUUACAGCACAGAUACUAUAA